AUGCUUCUCCCCACGAUACACCAAUAUCUUUGCGGGGAGGAUGAGUACAGGAUCUUCCACAACACAACUUCUCCAGCCUCAUCAUUUGCGAUCCCACACGUCACGGAGUGUACUCAACACUUGGAGCUGAGCUGGAUCCCAUUUCUGUUCAUUCUUGUCUUUAGCCCUGCUGUCCUCUAUGAUCUCUACAAGAGCGGGAAUGCGAAGUUGCGCAGCUUCGCGCCGAUCACUCUUCGAAUUUAUUUUUGCGUUGUGCUAGUGAUUGAUCUCACCAUUUCUUUUCUCUACAAUCUCGUGCAAGCUUUUGAAGGGGACAAAGAUGCAAGGACAUAUCUGAUUGGAGAUUUGCCACAAUAUCUAGGAGCUUGUGCAGCCCUGGUGUUGUUGAUAGCCUCAAGAAAUCGCGGGCUUGUCGCAUCAGGAGUCCUCUUCAACUACUGGCUUUUGUGUGUUCUCUGCGGAUUCCCCGAGUUUCGCUACAUCUUGAGUCUCUGGUGGCAUGGAGAACCAUAUGCAAAAUCAGUAAACCAUCUACGGUUUACCCUAUUUCUCAUCUGUUAUCCGAUCUACGUGCUCGAGUUGAUCCUCUCUUGUUUCGCCGAUUUGCCCAAGUCACAGUAUGGAGGGAAAAGCGAAUGCCCGGAACUUCAAUCCUCGUUUCUCAAUCAAAUCACUUUCCAAUGGUUCACUGCGCUCGCAUCAUUGGGCAAUCAAAAACCACUAACACGAGAAGACCUCUGGGAUCUUAAUGAACGAGAUCAAACCCAGAACUUGAUCUCCCCUUUUAUGAGAAACUUCCUACCACCACAGAAAGCUUAUCAAGAGAAACGACGAGCAAUGGCUGGAUUGAAUAUCGCUGAACCAAAUGUUUCGGUCAGGGAUCCACUAAAGAUUGAAGUGAAAGAAGAUGGGCUGAAUGAGAAAGAAUUCCCGUCGAUUUUGGGACCAAUCUUCAGGACUUACAAGAUGACAUUUCUUUGUGCUGGUGCCUACAAGUUUAUCUUCGAUCUUCUUCAAUUUGCUGCACCGGAACUCCUGAAACAGUUGAUCACAUUCAUUCAGAGCAAAAACCAACCGAUGUGGGUGGGAAUUGCCAUUGCUUCGUUGAUGUUCAUUGUGGCUCUCAUUCAGUCAAUGAUCCUUCACCAAUACUUUCACGGUAUGUUCCGACUCGGCAUGAAUAUCAGAUCAGUGCUCACAUCAGCUGUGUACAAAAAGGCUUUAUCUUUAUCAAACAAUGCCCGAAAAACGAGAACCGUAGGAGAGAUUGUGAAUCUGAUGACGGUGGAUAUUCAACGAUUCCAGGAUAUGACCACUUUCGUGAUGCUAUUCUGGUCGGCUCCUCUUCAGGUUUUGCUCUCAAUCUACUUCUUGUGGAGACUCCUCGGCUUUUCUGUGUUGGUUGGAAUCAUCAUUCUCAUCCUCAUGGUCCCUGUCAACUCUUGGAUCUCAAUCAAAAUGAGAAAUUGUCAACAAGAGCAAAUGAAACACAAGGAUGAACGCUUGAAAAUGAUGUCGGAGAUUCUGAACGGAAUCAAAGUGCUCAAGUUGUACGCCUGGGAGAAAAGCAUGGAACAAAUGGUGUUAGAGAUCAGAAUGAAGGAGAUUGCCGUGCUCAAAAAGUUGGCCUAUCUCAAUGCGGCAACGACCCUCUCCUGGAGUUGUGCUCCAUUCUUGGUAGCUGUUCUGACUUUCGGAGUCUACGUGACGAUCGAUCCGGAAAACAACGUGCUGACCCCGCAAAUCACCUUCGUCGCUCUCACUCUCUUCAACAUUCUCCGUUUCCCACUCGCUAUCUUUGCCAUGAUUUUCAGUCAAGCCAUCCAAUGCCAUGUCUCGAAUAAACGCUUGAAAGCAUUCUUUGCUGAAGAAGAAAUGGCCCCACAAGCUCUAAAUGCAAAGGAUACUAGUGAUGAAGCUAUUCGAAUUGACAAUGGCUCUUUUACCUGGGAGUCGUCAAGUGAAAAUCCUUUGUUGAACGGGAUUGACAUGUCGAUUCCUCGUGGAAGUCUUGUGGCAAUAGUAGGCAAAGUCGGCAGUGGGAAGAGUAGCAUUUUAAGUGCAAUUCUAGGUGAAAUGAAUCGUGUUGGUGGCUCGGUGGACGUGAUGGGGAAUGUGGCCUACGUUCCACAACAAGCUUGGAUACAGAAUAUGCCGUUACGGGACAACAUUCUCUUCAAUAAGCCGAUGAACAGGGACUUCUAUGAAUCGGUGGUUGAAGCUUGUGCUCUGAAGCCUGACUUUGCGGCUCUACCAGCCGAGGAUAUGACCGAGAUUGGAGAAAAGGGAAUCAACUUGUCAGGAGGACAAAAACAACGAGUUUCCUUGGCUCGAGCCGUCUAUGCAAAUUGUGAUGUGAUCCUGUUGGACGACCCACUCUCAGCCGUUGAUGCCCAUGUUGGGAAGCAUAUUUUCGAAAAAGUUAUCUCCUCAUCUACCGGCCUUCUGAAACAUGCUACAAGAGUCCUAGUCACUCCACGGACUUCACCACCUCAAAUACUGCGAUCAAAUCGUUGUCAUGAAAGACGGGAAAAUCUC